AUGGCGAUCAAAAACAAGCAGGUUCGCAAAUUGCAGAACAUCAAGCGCAAGCGAACGGAAAGCGCUGCCAAACACAAAUUACGCCAUGAGCGGAGAAAAGAAGAGACCAAAAAUCCCAGUCUUAGAGCCGAACGUCUUGCUCGCUCAGUGCCAUUGACGCUGGAUAGAAAACGAACAUGGGAUGAUGUAGGCAGUGACGACGAGAAUUUACUCGGCUUGAGCGUCGAUAUCGAAAGACUCAAAAGACAAAAACAAGUAGAAGAUGAUGCGAAUAAGGAAGGCUCAGAGGGUGAUCAAGAAGAAGACGAGGAUAAUGACGAUGCCGAUGAAGUUGACAGCAUGAUAAUGACUGACUCGGAGGAGGAUAAUGACGACGAAGACGACGAAGAUGAAGGAAACUUGAAGACGAAGCAAACCCGAAAGAAAACGUUGCCUACCGCUACAGAAAGAGCAACAUCGCCAACACACUCAACAAGGUCUACAAAACUCGAUUUAGCACCCGAAGCGCUGGCGGCCAAAUUCCCGACGUUAUUCGCAAAUCAAACAACAUCACCGAAAAUCCUCAUCACAACCGCUAUCAACUCUACCUUGCAUCACGAAGCGAAACUCCUCACCUCUCUAUUUCCAAAUAGCGUUUAUAUUCGAAGAACCGCGCAUCAUCACGCCCAUAAGUUCUCCGUCAAGGAGAUAUCUAAGUUCGCCAGCAACCGCAAUUUCACUGCACUUAUCAUCGUCAACGAAGAUCAGAAGAAGGUUUCCGGUUUAGACAUUGUUCAUCUACCCCAAGGACCAAUGUUCCACUUCUCGGUCUCGAAUUUUAUCGAAGGCAAAAAGCUACCCGGCCACGGUACCGCGUCGGAUGCAUUCCCAGAACUCAUCCUGAACAAUUUCCGCAGCCCUCUCGGUAUCUUAACGGCACAUCUAUUCAAGUCACUCUGGCCACCGCAGCCGGACCUUGCAUACCGACAGGUGGUCACUAUACAUAACCAAAGAGAUUACUGCUUUGUACGUCGACAUCGAUAUGUUUUCCGCGAGAAACGCGAAACCGAGAAACCGGUUGUUGACACCGAUGGAAAGGAAAUCAAAGGUGUUGAAGGCAUAAAAACUGGGUUGCAAGAGUUGGGACCUAGAAUGACUUUGAAGUUGAGGAGGGUCGACAAGGGUAUUCAGCGUAGCAGUGGUCAGGAGUGGGAAUGGAAGGGGAAAAUGGAGAAAACGAGAACGAAGUUUCAACUUUAG